AUGGUAUUGUUUAACAGCAGUGAGUGGCUCUGGAAUGACUCCGUAGACCAUUCUCUCAUCCAGGCAAACUCUAGCUUGACACUGGACAAAGAAGCGAAGAGGAAUUACUAUGCCAUGCUGUACUCCCUUAUUAUUCUGGCUAUUGUGUUUGGCAACGUUCUAGUUUGUAUGGCUGUGGUCCGAGAGCGGUCUCUCCAGACCACCACCAACUACCUGGUGGUUAGCUUGGCAGUAGCUGAUCUUCUGGUUGCCUCUCUGGUCAUGCCCUGGGCAGUCUAUUUAGAAGUGAUGGGCGGAGCUUGGCUCUUCAGUCGCUUAUACUGUAAUGUGUUUGUAACCCUUGAUGUGAUGAUGUGCACAGCCAGCAUCCUCAACCUGUGUGCCAUUAGCAUUGACAGGUACACGGCCGUGGUGAUGCCUGUGCUAUACAACACCACCCACAGCUCUCGAAAAAGAGUUUCAAUGAUGAUAGCGACAGUUUGGGUCCUGGCCUUCGCAGUCUCCUGCCCUCUACUGUUUGGAUUCAACACAACAGAUGAUCCUACUGUGUGCUCGAUUUCAAAUCCUAAUUUUGUGAUCUACUCCUCCGUGGUGUCAUUCUACCUGCCUUUCAUGGUGACCCUUUUGGUGUACGUGCGCAUCUACAUCUUCCUCAAAAGGAGAAGGAAGAGAAUUGCCUUCCGUCACGGAAGCGGCAAAGUUCGGCCAGCAUCCAUGCCACUAGUGGAGACGUGUUUACGAGACGUCAUUCAUAAAGAAAAAAGAGAUCUUUCCCCAAUCAAGAUCAACGUGAUAAGUGAAAAAACAGAACAGGUGACUCGUCCCCGCCUCCUCGGCAGCUGCCUGUGGCGCAAGCGGCCUCAAACCGCCCCUGCCGAGAACUCACUGCUUCCCCCGGUGGUCAUGUUGAACUAUUGCAGCAUGAGCCAAGCGUCUUUUGCUCGCACAGAUCAAGAUGGAAAUCGUGGGCAAGAGGAGGCCGGUGAGGGGGAACAGGUGAGGUGUGAGGUGCAGAAGUUGUCAAACGGGUGCACACACACCACCCUGCCUGCAUCGCGGCCUGCUCGUGUCAUACUGUACCCCAGUCAGAUCCGCUGUAGGACUAUGCACUCCAAGGAAAAGAAAGCCACGCAGAUGUUGGCCAUCGUUCUAGGGGUCUUUCUUAUUUGCUGGCUGCCGUUCUUUGUGACUCACAUCCUCAACACUCACUGUAGUUCAUGUCGUGUUCCACCUGAGCUCUAUAGCGCCUUUACCUGGUUGGGCUACGUCAACAGUGCUCUCAAUCCAGUCAUCUACACCACCUUCAACAUCGAAUUCCGCAGAGCAUUCAUUAAAAUCCUGAGCUGCUAA